AUGCGCUGAAGUUUUCUUUAAUUCGAUAAAGAUGAAUCAAGCAAAUGUCGAGAAUCUAGUAAAUAAAUUGAGAUACAAUGUCAAGCCACGUCGAAAGUUUCGAAAUCCCGAUGGUCCGGAGGGACGACUUCGUAAAUUUCAGAAAACCCUGACGGCAUUGAUUAAAUAUGAGCGACUCGAGUUAAAUUAUCCGAGAGCCGACGAGACCAGAGGUUAUAUUGAUCAGUUGAUAUUUGAGGCAAUACGCCAUGGACCUACACAUAAGGAAACAAUGGACUUGGCAAAUUUUUGGAUACUUGAGAAGCAGCUGGUGCACAAACUAUUUAAAGUCCUUGUACCAAGAUAUCAGAAUUAUACUACCUCGUUUACAAAACUUCACAAAGCACCAAACAUAUAUCCUACAAUUCACUAUGAUAGAUCAAUUUUAGAACUUAGAGGUAACAUAUAUCCAAGUGUAGAACAGUGCAAUCCAUAUGAAAAAAAUUUACUUCAUAAUCUACUGCUUGAUGCAGCAAAGAAAGAAUUUAGAAUGAAAAAAUAUAAAGAAAUCGCAGACAAUAUAAAACAAUAGAGAUGAAAAGCAAGGAGAAGAAAAAAAUAUUCUGUAAAAAAUGCUCUUGUAUAACAUGUGUUUAAUGCUUUAUAUUAUUAAAACAAAAGAAUAUAAGAUUCACAUUUACACAGUA